CAAGAGGAGGAAGUGGUGUAAUUCCAAGACUGAGUCUGACUGAAGAGAAGCUAAGGAAGCCCGGCAAAUACCCUAAAGAGAGCAGGGUAGACCAAGUCCACAGCAGAGGAAACAGCUCUCAAAAUGUCGGCCGCUUCCUGUGAUUAAAUUCGAGUGCGAGGAACGCUUCAAACCUGUGCUUGCUCUGUUAAAUGGAAGGAACAUGUUCAGAGUGUGUGAAGACUGAAGGCUCACAGGAUUGGGGACCUAUUGCUAGAGGCCCUUCAUGCCUCAAACCCUGAGCUGGCAUCACAGACUUGAAAUGGGGCCCAGGAAAAGCUAAUGGGGGGACCGACUCCUGUGGAGUUGCUAUGCAAACUGGCCAAGGGUGAAGAGAUGUUUGCUCUCCUUUCCCCAGGAAUAGCGUGGCAGAAGACCUCUCAAAGACCAGUUGCUCGGGACCCUCUUCAUCCAGCGAUCCUGCUUCCUAAAUCUGCCACAACACCCCAAAAUAGUGGAUGGAAUACAGCUCGCUGUGGAUUACUGAGUUUUCUUAAAGACCAGCAGUGUUCCAAGAGUUGGCUACAUUCGUCAUUCAUCAGGAUGAGCACGGAGGGAAAAGCCCAGUGCCCAGGGCUCCUCGUAGCAUAGCUCAGUCCAGAACAGCUGGAACAGAGUGCCUCCUGAGGUGUCCCAGACCAGCCUCCAACCUGACAAUAGCAAGUCCUCACGUCACAGCCACUCCAGGAGCCAGACAAGGUAUUGUUCUAGAGCCACGACCUUUCUGGAACUGGUGACCUUUCUGCUUUUGCUGUCUGAAAGCUUUGAGGUUUCAUGGAACAAACACAGCGAGUCCUGAGCCAACCCCGUCCUACCCCUACUUCCCAGCCCAAGAAGAAAAGGACAUUGGUGCGAUCUUUCUUUUCCAAGGUCUCCUGGAAACUGAGGUUGCAGAAGCAGGAGCCUUUGAAGAAUGUGUUUUUCAUCUUGGCAGAAAGAGCCCGGGAUCCUAAUGCUAAAAAGCGCUACCUGGCAAUGAGAGGCCUGGGCACCUUGGCCUGUGAAGCCCCUGACAAGCAGGUGAGAAAGUACAAGAAAGCUUUCCUUGACCUCCUGGUGCAUGGACUGUAUGAUCCUGUGAGUUCUGAAGUGAUCCAUGAGAGUGUGAAGACUCUGACCAUCAUGCUGGGCAAGAUCCAGGGCCAAGGCCUGGGCUCCUUCUUCAUAGACAUCACCCUUCAGACCAGGACUUUACUGGAUGAUGAGAAUGACAAUGUGCGGUACUCCGCCUUUGUUCUGUUUGGGCAAUUGGCUGCAUUUGCUGGGAAGAAAUGGAAGAAAUUUUUCACCCACCAGGUUAACCAGACACAGGAUUCCCUCCUGACUCAUUUACAGGACAAAAGCCCUCGGGUUGCCAAGGCUUGCAAAACGACUGUUCAGGCCUGUGUUCCGUACCUGAAACCCAGGAGGGAGCAGUGUUUCCAAAGUGAAGAAGAUCAGAGGAACCCCAGGCUUUCCCGGCAGCUGAGCCAUUAUCAUCCCGAGGUCCUGCUGUUCCUCUAUGCUAACAAAAUCCUCUGAGUCCCGAGAGGCAGAGAAAGUAGCCCCAUGUGAGUGCUGCUGUCUCAUUGGGUACCUCUUUGACUCUUCUCAUGGGAUUGUUAUAGAAAAGAAGAUGUCAGAGAGCAACUGGGGGGGGGAUUACCCUGGAAUUGUAUCUCUGCACCCAAAGUAAAAUUCUAAAUUAC